AUGCUACCACCGGUUUACAGUGGAGGACGAGGUGGAGGACGAGGUGGAGGAGAAGGAGGAGGACAAGGACAAGGAGGAGGACGACAAGGAGGAGGAGAAGGACAAGGAGGAAGAGGAGGAAGGGGAGGAAGAGGAAUCAACAGAGGAGGAAUCAACGGAAGAGGAAGAGAUGGAGGCCAUGCUGGAGGUAGAGGAAGAGGAAGAGGAAGAAAAGAAGGUGCUCAAAGAGGACCGAAUCUGACAAAUGAGAUCCGCGCAACACUGGUUGACCACGUUGUCAACCACGGCCUGACGCUGAGGGAGGCUGGACUGCGAGUACAGCCAAAUCUAAGCCGAUACAAAGUGGCAAGUGUGAUAAGAACAUUGCGACUGGAAAAUAGGAUUGAGGGUCAGGAACGACGAGGGGGAAGGCCUCCUAUGUUCACAGAACAGCAAGAGAGGGAGAUAGUAAACAUGGUUUUGGCCAACAAUGCUAUAACCCUCAAUCAGCUCCAAGCUAACAUUGUCAAUAACCACGUCGGUUUCAACAAUAUCCAUCAGGUCUCAACAUCAACACUGGCACGCACCCUAAUAAAAAACCAUAUUCAAAUGAAGCAAAUUUAUCGAGUGCCUUUCGAGCGCAAUUCCGAAAGGGUGAAACGACUGCGGCAUGAUUAUGCAGAGAGAGUUUUACAAAUGGAUGGAGAGGAGAUCCAGCAUGAGUUCAUUUACGUAGAUGAGGCUGGGUUCAACCUGUCGAGAACACGAAGGAGGGGAAGAAACAUCAUUGGCCACAGGGCUAUAGUCAAUGUCCCAGGGCAACGUGGGGGUAAUAUAACACUCUGUGCAGCCAUUAAACAGAAUGGGGUCCUCCACCCCCAUGCCCAUAUGGGCCCUUACAACACAGCACUCAUACUUACAUUCUUGGACCAAUUGCACAACAUAACAGCAGCAAAUCAAAUCGAUCAUAUGCAAUACAUUGUUGUCUGGGACAAUGUGUCUUUCCACCGCUCUGCUCUGGUUCAGAACUGGUUUCAGCAACAUCCACAUUUCACCGUCCUAUAUCUUCCACCAUACUCUUCAUUUCUCAACCCUAAAGAAGAGUUUUUCUCGGCAUGGCGGUGGAAGGUAUAUGAUCUCCGUCUCCCGGCUGAGGUACCCCUCAUCCAAGCCAUGGAGGAGGCCUGUGACCAGAUGGAGGUAGCAGCAAUGCGAGGAUGGAUUCGUCAUUUACAGUUUUUUCUGAAUGCUUAA